CUUAAUAUUGAUAUUAUAUAAAUGUUAUUACAAAGUGUAUAACUAUACUAGUUAAUUUCUGAACACAAUUAAGUAAUUUAUUUGUAAAAAUGAGAGAUAAGGCGUUUGACAUAUGCCGGACAUUUCUAAGUGGACAGUGGGAUAACAUUUCAAGCGAUGAUUUAAUAAUUAAUAAAAUUAGUAUAGGGCUAAGCAAUCAAUUGUAUAUCUGUUCCCUACCGGAUAAUCAUAAACCUAUUGGUGAUGAGCCCAGGGAUGCACUGUUGCGACUGUACGGCCAGACCAUCGAUGGGGACGACUAUAAAGUGACGGAUUCGCUGAUAACGAUGUUAUUGUCUGAACGCAGAUUAGGU